CAGAAGCUUCAUAUAUACAUACUGGCAUUGGACAGACGACAGCAAGAAUAACGCUGCUGUAUUUUGAGAGCCAAAAACAGUAUUGUUGCAACGCAUCUAUACAUUUGCAUUCUGCAUUAGUUGCAUUCUGCAUCAAAUUGCAUCUGAGGAAGACAUGUUCUACACGUGUGGUCCAAAUGAGGCUAUGGUGGUGUCAGGUCCAUUCUCUAACCCAGUGUUUCCCAACCCUGGUCCUCCAGUUCCCCUAGUGCACAUUUUACUUGUAGCCCUUGACAAACACACCUUGUUCAACUCAUUGAGGGCUUGAUGAUUAGUUGACAAGUUGAAUGAAGUGUGCUUGUCCAGGGUUAUUCGAGGACCAGGGUUGUGAAACAGUGUAAACAUGUACAACUAAAGCGCGGUAGGAUGGUAAUAAUACUCUCAUGUGUAUCUCACAAUCACCCCCCCCCCCUCUCUCUGUUUCCCAGGGUGCCUCCGUUCUCCUCCAGUAAUGAUAGCUGGAGGCAGAGUGUUUGUGCUUCCCUGUUUUCAGAAGAUCCAGAGGAUCUCCCUGAACAUUCUGACGCUGAGCGUGAAGAGUGAGAAAGUCUACACCCGACGUGGGGUUCCCAUCUCGGUCACUGGUAUUGCCCAGAUGAAGAUCCAGGGGCAGAACAAGGAGAUGCUGGCCGCAGCCUGUCAGAUGUUCAUGGGGAAGUCGGAGGGCGAGAUCGCCCAAAUCGCCCUGGAGACGCUGGAGGGCCACCAGAGGGCCAUCAUCGCCCACCUGACUGUGGAGGAGAUCUACAGGGACCGUAAGAAGUUCUCAGAGGAGGUGUUCAAGGUGGCCUCGUCCGACCUGUUCAACAUGGGCAUCAGCGUGGUCAGCUACACGCUCAAAGACGUUCACGACGACCAGGACUACCUCCACUCCCUGGGGAAGUCCAGGACCGCCCAGGUGCAGAAAGACGCCCGCAUCGGAGAGGCCCAGUUCAAGAGGGAUGCUGUGAUCAGGGAGGCCCAUGCCAAGCAGGAGAAGAUCUCAGCCCAGCACGUAAAUGAGAUCCAGAUGGCCAUGGCUCAGAGGGACUAUGAGCUGAAGAAAGCAUCCUACGACAUCGAGGUCAACACCAAGAAGGCAGAGUCUGAGAUGGCCUACCAGCUACAGGUGGCCAAGACCAAGCAGCUCAUCGAGGAGGAGAAGAUGCAGGUCCAGGUGGUGGAGCGCUCUCAGCAGAUCAUGCUCCAGCAGCAGGAGAUCACCCGCAAGGAGAAGGAGCUGGAGGCCAAGGUGAAGAAGCCUGCUGAGGCCACAAGAUACCAAAUCGAGAAGCUGGCCGAGGCCCAGCGUGCACAGCUCAUUAUGGAGGCUGAGGCUGAGGCAGAGUCCAUUAGGAUUAAGGGAGAUGCGGAGGCCUUUGCUGUGGAGGCGAAGGGGAGAGCCGAGGCGGAGCAGAUGGCCAAAAAGGCCGAAGCCUUCCAGCAGUACAAGGAGGGAGCCAUGGUGGACAUGCUGCUGGAGCAACUACCACUAAUGGCGGAAGAGAUCAGCAGGCCUCUGGCGCAGGCUCAGAAGAUCACCAUGAUUUCCAGUGGGGGUACCGAGGUGGGCGCGGCCAAGCUCACAGGAGAGGUGCUUGACAUCAUGACCCUCCUUCCGGCGACGGUGGAGAAACUGACGGGAGUCAACAUCUCACAGGUGACAACUCAUAUGGGCUGAGGACUCCGGUGCUCAGGCAAACCUAUUUCACAACCCUGCCUACUACCACAGCCUUUAACUCUCUCCUCAAGUAUGUUAUGCCAAAAAAACAUAUGGUGCCCUACGUAAUUAUUGGGACAGUGAAGCAUUUUAUCUUCUUUUGGCUCUAUUCUCCAAAAGUUUGGAUUUGAAAUCAAACAAUGACUGAGGUUAACUGCAGACGGUCAGAUUUUCAUCCAUAUCGGGUGAACCGUUUAGAAAUUGCAUUUUGGAGUCACUUUUAU